AUGGCAACGAACGAGCAGCUUCAUGCAGAGAACGUACAGGGAGGUAGGACCACCGCCCGGCGAGCAGAAGUGCGUUGGCUGCGACAGGCUCUUGUUGAUGGCCUCAAUUCUGCGAAUGGCGAGGCAUUCCUUUCGAACCUCAUCGAAGGUGCUUUAGGUGCGCUCGCCAGAGCGAAAGUCAUCGACCCAGACUCGUUAGACCCUGACAAUGCUCCAUUGAAGGAGGACCAAGAAGUCGCUGUGCUCCUGUGUGAGGCGGUCUAUCUUUUCGAACGCUCUUGCGCGCGAGGAAGCCCGCCAGCAGAUCCUUUAGCAGCAACCAUUUGGAACAAGGCUCGAGGUGAAGAUUUAACGAAAAUCGUGAUUGAUAGCGGCCUCAAAUAUCUCGUUAGUCCGAGUCCUUUAUUCAGGGUCCAACAUCAGGGCCAUACGCCGUACCAGUACUUCGAUUCACAGUUGAAGAAAGCUCUUGGGAAGGCACUGAUCGAGCUUCAAUCUGGGGACAUCAAGACGGAGGUGGAAGCUGCUUGGCGUAAUGCCAAUGGUGCCCCCGCAUGA